CGGAACAACAAGUCGGGCCAUGGAACUAGGGCCAGAUGCGCUGGUGGUCGUAUGGGAUUUUCCCACAGGCCGCGGCUUUCGAGCCACCAGCCGUAUCAACAAGGGACAGAUUUACCUGAAGGUUCCUUUCGCAAAGUGUUGGUCUGCUGCCAAAGCACGAGAGGCCUACAAGGAACUGAGCUCGUUGCAAAAACAUCACUUGGCAUCUGGGGAUGAAGAUGUCAUGGCACUGCAUCUCCUCUUGGAGCGCUCCAAGAUGGAUGCAGGUUGGAAUGCUGAGCACCUCAAGUCCCUUCCAAGGAGCUUUGAUAUGCUUCCGCAUUGGUCAGAGGCAGAGUUGCUUGAGUUGGGAGAAGCCGAUCUGCAAAACACGGCCAGACGACUAAAAGCGCAGGUGAAGGGAGAUUUCUCUGCUCUGAUGCGGGCAGCGGAAGCGUGCGGCUUCCUAGGAAUGUUGCAGGAGAAUGGAAUCGACUUUGAUGCCUAUUUCUGGGCAAAGUCAGUUCUUUGGAGCCGAUGCGUCGAUUUUUCACGAGACUUGCUAAUUCAUGCAGGCCUGCCAUUACCUGAAGGUGAGCACUAUCGUCUACUUGUACCUGGCUUUGAUAUGGCCAAUCAUGAUCCAAGGUUGGCUGGCACUGGACGAACACACACAAUCUUGGAGGACGGGCAUGUAGCCCUCAUGGCAUCCGUGGACUACGAUGAGGGGGACGAGGUUUGCAUCUUCUACGAAAGAGCCGACAACAACCGGCUGCUUCUCUGGUAUGGCUUCGCUUUGGAGGACAACCCCUUUGACUCUGCCCAGAUCAGGUUGCCAGUGGACCCCAAGUCAGCAGCAAGGCUCGAGAAGCUUGGAGCAACCAUGGACACCGCGCAGGGCAAGGUCUAUGCCCAGUGUGCGAUGACGUUGUCAGAUCCCGUGCCACAGGCUGCCAUUGUAGCUGCUGCGCUGUGCCAAUCGCUCAUUCCUCCAGAAAGUGAUGAUGAGCUUACGCCACGACAGGAGCUAGAAGCUCUGAGAUUACUGCAGAGAUCCAUGCCCAAGGCCUCCGAGCCGGGUCCUUUACCAGACCCUGCAAGUGACUGGCGGAGGUACUGUGCCGCAGUGCUGCGAAGCUUUGGACCUCGCCUGCAGGCCGCUUUCCACCAAGUUCUUGAGGCCAAGAUGAUAGCUGCCUUAGCUGCUGCAGAUUAGUGCCGCGCAUGAAAAAAGUC